UGCGUAAUUCUGUGGUUUUUAAUCGAUGUUGGGAAGUCUGCACUUAUUUUCAAGGUUAAAUUAGUAUGACAAGCAUUCCGGUAAGAAUAUAAAAUGAUUGUCAAUAAUUUUUUAUCUAGAAAGGUGCUACUGUCAGUGUGCAAGAAAUCGAUAUUGCGUUUAUCAGCAGCAAAUAUGUCUGUAAAAGUUGGAGAUUCCAUUCCCAGCGUCGAUUUAUUCGAAGGUACUCCUAUGAAUAAAGUGAAUAUAUCCGACCUGGCAAAAGGGAAAAAAGUAGUUUUAUUCGCUGUUCCAGGAGCUUUCACUCCCGGUUGUUCAAAGACCCAUCUACCUGGGUACGUGAAAAAGGCUGAUGAUCUCAAAGCUCAAGGUAUCAGCGAAAUAGUUUGUGUCUCGGUGAAUGAUCCUUUUGUUAUGGGAGCAUGGGCAAAAGAUCAAAAUGCUGAAGGAAAAGUUAGAAUGCUUGCUGAUCCUUCUGCAGAAUUGGCUAAGAAACUAGAUUUGGCUGUGGAAAUUCCUCCUCUUGGAGGACUGAGAAGUAAAAGGUAUUCAAUGGUCAUCGAUGAUGGUAAAAUAACAUCUCUUCAGGUUGAACCAGAUGGUACUGGUCUUUCUUGUUCAUUAGUAGAUGCAAUUAAACUGUAAUUUGAAAGAUUUGUAAUUAUUUAAAAACUUGCUGUGAACAUUAUUCCUUUUCUUGUAGAUAGACUAAACAAUAAAUCUUCUUAAACAUU